AAAAAAAAAGACAGAACAUAACCUCUUUUGAUUUUCUCUCUCUCUCUCUCUCUAUCCAAACCAAACACCAUUUCUGAGGUAUUCUUUUUGGUCUCUCUCUCUCCUUCAAAUCGAAUCACAGUUUCUAGAUUGGUGAAGUGUCUUUACUUUAGCUUGUCUCGUUCUUACAGAUCUUUUAGCUUUAGGGGAGAAAAGAUGCAGACAAGAUAUAUGGAGAGGACUAAUAGUAUGAGAGAAAAGAGAAAGCUUGAGGAAGAUGAUGAUAACAAUAAUCAGCAGCAGCAGCAGCCUGAGCGUAAAAGACCCGCUCUUGCAAGUGUAAUUGUGGAAGCCCUGAAGAUGGAUAGCUUACAAAGACUUUGCUCGUCUUUGGAACCUAUUCUUCGCAGAGUGGUAAGCGAAGAGGUGGAGAGGGCACUGGCGAAACUAGGCCCCGCAAGACUUAGUAGUGAAAGGUCCUCUCCCAAACGAAUAGAAGGCAUCGGUGGAAGGAACUUGCAGCUGCAGUUCAGGUCUAGACUCUCUGUUCCUCUCUUCACUGGAGGGAAGAUAGAAGGGGAGCAAGGCGCUGCCAUCCACGUUGUACUGUUAGACGCCACAACGGGACAUGUAUUAACAGUAGGACCUGAAGCUUCUGCUAAGCUUGAUGUUGUUGUGCUUGACGGUGAUUUCAACAACGAAGAUGAAGAAGACUGGACCGAGGAGGAGUUCGAAAGCCAUUUGGUGAAAGAGCGUCAAGGAAAGAGGCCGCUCUUGACCGGCGACGUGCAGGUGACGUUGAAAGAAGGCGUGGGGACGUUAGGAGAGCUUAUCUUUACGGAUAACUCGAGUUGGAUAAGAUGCAGAAAGUUCAGGCUGGGGUUAAAGGUCUCUUCUGGUUACUGUGAGGGGUUGCGUGUGCGCGAGGCGAAGACAGAAGCUUUCACCGUCAAGGACCAUCGUGGAGAGUUGUACAAGAAACAUUAUCCACCUGCUUUGGAUGAUGAAGUGUGGAGGCUGGAGAAGAUCGGUAAAGACGGAGCUUUCCAUAAGAAGCUGAACAAAGCAGGAAUCUACAACGUUAAAGAGUUUCUACGUCUUAUGGUGAAAGACUCUCAGAAACUAAGGACUAUUCUUGGGAGUGGAAUGUCGAACAGGAUGUGGGAGACACUUGCAGAACAUUCCAAGACAUGUGUCUUGAGUGAAAUGCUUUACGUCUACUAUCCUGAGGACUCAGUUGGUGUUGUUUUCAACAAUAUCUAUGAGUUUAGUGGUCUUAUUUCAGGGAAGCAGUACUAUCCUGCGGAUUCUCUUUCUGACAACCAAAAGGGUUAUGUUGAUGCAUUGGUGAAGAAAGCAUAUGAAAACUGGGAUCAAGUUGUUGAGUAUGACAGCAAGUCACUGAUGAACUUCAACCAAGUUAACAAGACAGCUGAGAUAGAUUACUCAAUGCCAGUUUCUGUUCCAAGCCAACCUUCAACAUCAUAUUCAGACAUAACUGGUGAAGCAUCAGUGUACAAUCAGAUUCCGGCUUCAAGCUUCCCAGCUCAGUCUGAUACUACCUCUUACAUGCACUAUGGAAACGCUUCAUUUGCACCUCAAGACCAGCUAGUUAGCAACACUCAUGAAUCACAAGGCAUGAUGAAUGGCAACGGUGGUGGGAGAUUAGCACUAGGUCCAUCGUCAGGAUCCCAAAACAACCACUUUGUUCAGCCUCAUUCGGAGAUGAACCCUUUUAAUGAUUGGUCAAACAGAGGAGGUGAUGGGUUUUUAUCAGAGGAAGAGAUUAGGGCUAGAAGUAACGAAAUGCUUGAGAACGAUGAUAUGCAGCAGCUGUUGAGACUCUUUAGCAUGAAUGGUGGUGUUGGUGGUGGCCCUCAAACUCCGAUGAACGUGGGGGAAGAUGGGUUUGGGUUUAACUCUUUUGGUCAGUCUUCGUUGGGUGAUUAUGAAGAAGAGCGUUCACAGUCGGGUAAGCCUGUUGUUGGAUGGCUAAAGAUCAAAGCAGCUAUGAGAUGGGGCUUCUUCAUCAGGAGGAAAGCUGCUCAGAGACGUGCGCAGAUUGUUGAACUCGAGGAGGACGAGUAGGAAUCAAGAACUAAAGGGUUUGUUAAAGAGUUUCCCACAAGAAGAAGGAAGUCUUUUGUGGUGGUUUCUUCUUCUUCUUGUGGAGCUUCAUUUGUAUAGUGUAAGCUUUCUUCUUCUACUCUUCUACUUGCUUGUCCUUUAUAUGUAAUCUCUACUUUGACCAGUUUAUUUUCAAGAAACUAUAAAAAAAACUUUUGUUGUAAUUUUAUUUUCUCAGUUGUGUGUUAUUUGUGCUACUUGUGAUUUG